GUUGAUCCAGUACACAAUUGCAGAGAGCUAGAAGACACAAGACCAUGGCGUCCAAGCGACUCCUCGUGCUAGCUCUCCUGCUCGCCGCCGUUUUCCUUGCCGUCUCAGGAGCAGCUAACGACGACCAAGCCCAACCGAGGAAGGACGGCGGCGAGAACAAAGCCGACGUGCAGGACUACCGUGGCGGCGGCGGCGGCUGGCGCGGUGGGGGUGGCUACCCCGGCCGUGGCUACCCGGGCGGGGGCGGCUACCCUGGCGGCGGCCGCGGCGGUUACUGCAGGUGGGGGUGCUGCAACCGCGGGUACUAUGGCGGCUGCCGGUGCUGCUCGCGCGCCGACGAGGUCCCGGAGCCCAUGUACCGCCCGGAGCCCACCGAGGUCCACAACUGAAGCCGAGCCACACAUCGAUCUACAAAGAUGCAUGGACGACGACUCUUAUCUUAGCUAAUUAAUAAGCACUACAUCCAUGCAUGUCCACAAUAGGGCCCUAGCCCUACUAUACUAUACGUCGUCAGCAGAAAGUCUGGUUUUGAUUUCAAUAAUAAGAUGCACCUAUAUGUGUGUGUUACAUGUACGCCGUUGUCUUAAUUACUGUGUGGUGAUUGGACUCACUAGUAGCUAUUGUCGUCGUGUUGUCGUCUCUCGGUGAGUCGGUGUAGCGUAGUACUUGCUCUUGGACCAAAUGCUGCGUUUAAUCUGUAAAACUACCAAAUUAUACUAGACACGUGUUGCGUUU